UCUUCAAUGUGUCGUUUUUAAACGAAGGUAUAAUUUACGUGCCGGAAAACUCACACACGUGAGCACGUGGUUCCAUGAGUCUUGAGAGACGCUUGCAGUCAGGGAAGCCCCCCUCCGCCGGCUCACACCCAGCCCCCGAGGCCACGGAUAUGUUUUCCAGAAGGUCAUCGAAGUGGCGUCCCAGUGCACACAGCCCGUGACUCUGGCUUCCUUCUCUCAAGCACAGUGCCUGUGGGCUUCGUCCACGUCCUUGGACGGACUGCAAGACUCCGUGAGCCUCUGACGUCCGAAGUCAUGGAGACCAACCAGGACACUUCCCUCUUCUUGAUGAAGAUCUUGGAGGAGCUGGACAGCAAGCAAAGCACCGUCUCCUACCAGGAUCUGUGCAAGUCCCUGUGCGCCCGCUUUGACCUGUCGCAGCUCGCCAAGCUGAGAAGCGUGCUCUUCUACACGGCUUGUCUCGACCCCAACUUCCCAGCCACGCUAUUCAAAGACAAGAUGAAAUGCACCAUGAACAACCAGCAGUCCAAGAAGAUCAUGGUGGCCGCGGACAUCGUGACGAUAUUCAACCUGAUCCAAACGAACGGGGGCGCCGCCAAGGAGAAGCUGCCCACCAGCCGGCAGAAGGUGCGCAAGAAGGAGGCGUCCUUUGAGUCGUGCCGGUCGGACACGGAGGUGUGCACCGCCGCUGCGUGCGAGCCGCUGAACUGUGAGCUGAGCGAGAGGCCCUUCCACCGGGGCUACCCUGCCCGGCAGUCGUCCCAGGGCCGGAAGGUGGACCGCAAAGACUGCCCGCAGUUCAUGCCCACCUCCGAGCCCAAUUUCUUGCUGGGGGUCAGCAAAGAGCUGAAGAGCCGUGCCGCCUCCCUGGACCGGCUGCAGGCCCUGGCCCCCUACUCUGUCACCAGCCCCCAGCCCUGUGAGAUGCAGAGAACCUACUUCCCCAUGAACAUCGAGAACGAGUCCAUUUCGGAUCAGGACUCCCUGCCCAUCAGCCAGGGCAUCAAGGAGACCUUCAUUUCCAACGAGGAGCCGUUUGUGGUCCAGUCCUGUGUCCAGAAAAGGAACAUCUUUAAAGAAGGUUUCCACAACCUGAUGACCGUGUCCCCCACGUUGGUUGGCCCUGCUAAGAAGGCAGAGGCUGAGCAUGGGGAGCCCCAGGGCCAGAAGGAGCCCCACAAGACUCCCUUCUUCAAUCACAGCUUCGAGAUGCCCUACAACAGCCAGUACCUGAAUCCCAUGUACUCCCCUAUGCCUGACAAAAGACGGGCGAAACAUGAGAGCUUAGAUGACCUUCAAGCCUCCACGUAUUUUGGUCCCACGCCAGUGAUGGGGACGCAGGAUGCCAGGCGUUGUCCGGGGAGGCCAGGGAAGCAGACCGUGUGGCCGGCCAAAAGCUGGAGUCUGAACACCGAAGAAGUCCCUGACUUUGAACGGUCCUUCUUUAAUAGAAAUCCCUCUGAGGAGAAGCUGCUCUACCCAAAUUCCAGCAGCCAGAGCCCCAAUUUCCCAACCCCAGACAGGCGCCCCACUUACCUGGCGCCAAAGGACCAACAGCCGAUCCUUCCCGUUGGCUACACAGCAAAACCAAAUGGGCUCAAGUCUAAAGAGAUCUCGUCCCCUGUUGACCUGGAGAAGCAUGAGCCGGUCAAAAAGUUCAAAGAUAAGAGCAUCAGCUGCACCAGCGGGCAGCUUAGCUCGGACACCAGCAGUGUGGGCACCCAGACCGAACAGCACGUGCUAGAGCCCAAGAAGUGCAAAGAUUUGUGCGCCUCGGGACAGACCAAGUACAGUGACCGGCACGCCACGAAGCAGUCAGAUGAUGACUCGGAAAUCGUCAGUGAUGACAUCAGUGACAUCUUUCGAUUUCUUGAUGACAUGAGUAUCAGCGGCUCCACGGGGGUGAUGCAGUCCUCCUGCUACAACAGCACGGGGUCCUUGUCUCAGGCUCACAAGUCCGACGGUGACAGUUCCCCCGAGCACAGCCUAACCAAAAUUGCCAACGGGUUCCCCGGCAGCAAAGGAGAAAAGGGCAAUCGGCCUGAAAACAGCCACCACUCGGAAGAGGAGCUGAAGACCAGCGUGUGCAGACUGGUGCUCCGGAUUGGCGAAAUUGAACGGAAGCUCGAAUCGCUGUCGGGGGUCCGCGAGGAAAUCUCCCAGGUCCUGGGCAAGCUAAAUAAGUUGGACCAGAAAAUGCAGCAGCCUGAGAAGGUGAGCGUGCAGAUUGACUUGAAUUCCUUGACCAGCGAGGCUCCAUCCGACGAGAGUGCCUCUCCGAGGAUGUUCCGCCCGCACGACGGCCCCCGGGGGCCCAAGCUGGAGAACGCGGCUGACUGGUACUGCUCGGACGCCAGCGGAAGCAACAGCGAGAGCCUUCGUGUCAAGGCCUUAAAGAAGAACCUCUUCACCAGGCCGUCCUCCAGGUCCCUGACGGAGGAGAACAGCGCCACGGAAUCCAAAAUCGCCAGUGCCUCUAACUCACCCAGAGACUGGCGCACCGUCACCUACACCAGCCGUGCGGGCCUCGGGGAGGAGGAGAGCGAGGACAGAAGCCCCGGGGAGAGUAAUGACUGGCACCGCCGGUCGAAAGAGGCGGACAGACAGUACGACAUCCCCCCCCAGCACCGACUGCCCAAGCAGCCCAAAGACAGCUUCCUGGUGGAGCAAGUGUUCAGCCCGCACCCCUACCCCACCUCCCUCAAAGCCCACCUGAAGAACAACCCUCUGUACACGGACAUGCGGCUGACCGAGCUGGCCGAGGUGAAGCGGGGCCAGCCGUCCUGGACCAUCGAGGAGUACACGAGGAACGCGGGCGACAAGGGCAAGCUGACCGCCCUGGACCUGCAGACACAGGAAUCUUUAAACCCAAACCACUUAGAAUACUGGAUGGAAGAUAUUUAUACCCCAGGCUACGACUCACUGCUAAAGCGUAAGGAAGCCGAGUUCAGACGAGCCAAGGUCUGCAAGAUCGCCGCCCUGAUCGCCGCCGCCACAUGCACGGUCAUUCUUGUGAUUGUUGUGCCCAUCUGCACAAUGAAAUCGUGAGCCCGGGGCCGCCGGGCGGCAGGGCACACCCGUGACUGCCGGCGCCCCCCUCCGUGGCGGGAGGGCUCGGGGUGGUGGAGUAGGGAUGGGGGCCUGGAGGCUCUCUGCCAAUGUGUCGUUGCUCUUCAGAAAGUGUGCAGUCUCCAGAGAAAUCUGCCCUCCUGCUGGCUUUGACUUCACGACACUCGGAGGCAUGUGGGGAGGCACAGUAUGGUUUCCCGCCAAAAGAACGUACUGGGCUCCCAAUAGAUACAAAUUGAAUUCUAAGGAAAAAAAAAAAGAAAUUAAUUGGAUUCUUUCCAUUUUAGUGAAGUUUCAUGGUGGGGAAUAUGUUACACAGAAGAUAUUUAGUACCUGCCUGCUUAGGGGAGUUAAGGGAGAUAGCAAGACGAGAAGGGAAAAACACAAGUUCUGUUUUCCUUCACGUCCUCAGACCAUUGCAGGUGAAGUAACAGGUGUCAUGCCCUCAAAGGAUGUUGCUUCCCUGUUGACUUUCAUCAAGGGCUACUGACUUUUCAUUCUUGCCCUUCUGUCAUCAUAACGAUCUUCACUGCACAUCUUCACAGAACAUUCUGGACCUUCCCCCUUGUGCACAGGGUAGGAAGGAGCUGAACUGCCCAGUCGGGCGUGGCACGGAGUGUGCUUCCUCUGCUUACUAGGCUGAGGUACUCAGGCCAGGAGACCUUCCUGUCCCCACCCCGAGGCGUGGGAGAGAGCCAUUUGCCAACAGAGUGAGGCCAGUUCUUUGAAAAUCACAGCCACCCAAAGGGUCUCCCAUGCUCGCUUUGGCGUGUGGCUCCACUCCUUGGUCUUCUGUCUCCUGGUGGCACCGGAUGUUCUGCUUCUCACCCCCGAGUUGAAGAGUUUGGAACGUGUCCUUGUGCCUUGAAGAGUAGAGACAGUGGCUGAACUUUGACAUUCUAACUGUAAGUGGUGGUUUCCGAGCGCCCCUAAUCCCAGCCGUUUCUGGUGGCUUUCACAGGAUCUUGCAAGUUUGUCAGUAAUACGAUAAAGGCACCGAGGCGUUCUUAACCACCGUGACACCAACUCCAGAGUUCUUGUCAGCAGCGCAAAAAAAUUUCUCUAUUUAACCGUUUAUCUAUCUAUCUAUCUAUCUAUCUAAACACCUAGUCUGGGGUUAUUGUCUUCUCUAUUAAAUAACUUGAGAGAAAGGUUUCUCCAGCGUACAGGAAGCUGUUGUAACUCGAUCAGAUUUUGAUCUCCGUUUCCACCUGUCGAAUGGUGCUUUGACACAAUUGGACAGAAAGAAUCCGUCUUAGCAUUUGAUUCUAAUGUCUCAUUACAUGUCGAAGAAAAAUGAUUGACAGAUACUAGCUACCUUAAUUCUUCUGAGAACAAGGUGGGUAGCAAGAAUAAUCUCUCUGGACGGUAUAAUACAUUCCUGAAAGAGAGGUUUGGGGUGCAUCUCAGAUUUUAAAGCAAUAGGAGUCCAGCAUCCGUCUCAGAAACCUUCAAGUAAUGCUUAGCUUGCUCUGUCUAACCCUAUAGUUCCCCACACGGGGUCGUCAGAACAUUUCCUGCUGUCAACAAGUGAGGGAUGGAUGCUUUCAUCUAUAGCAAGCCUUCAUUUUUAGGGGUCUUUAUGUUACCUGUUUCUAUUCUCCUGUUUAUGUAUGGACUUUCAACUAGGUGACUGAAACUUAAGCCUUAGUAUGAAGAACUGAGGAUUUAUAAUUGAAAAUGAAUAUAUAUAUACAUACAUAUAUAUAUAUAUAAUUGUCUAUUGUCAGAAUUUUAGUCUUCUGGUGCUCUGUUCUGGGUAGGGUGCACUAAGUAAGGUGGUUUCUUUCAGCCCAAAGGGGAUACUAGAUUCGCACCUGCAAGAGUAGGGAGACGCCAUAUCCUAGCUUUCCUGCCAACCAGUGUGACCCUGUGACACAUUGUCCCUGUUACCACGGAUUAAACCAGGAGAGGGUCAGAGAGAGGUAGUUCCCAGCGUCUCGCUCUAUGAUUUGCAGGGAAGUGGAGAUACACUUACCCAGGGUAAGAAAAACUUGGCCAGACCCCAAGCGCUGCUCUCCUUGUCAGAUGGGACCGUGGAGGAUGUGGACCAAACCACUAUUCCCACUGCUCUUGGGUGCACCUGUUCCUAAUGGGCCCCGCUUGAGCCAUGUGUCUAGCUACCACCAGGGGAGCAUGACUGUAAGCCCCACCCCGUGGGCGGAAGAGACAGGACUCUAGAAUUUUCUUCUACCCUUUUCAUAUCUGAGGAGGUAGCAGGGAAAUGUUCUCUUGCUCUUAGUCCAGUGUAGCCAUAGAGUUCAGCUCGACAUCAUUGCCACAUAAUGGACAAACACCCACACCUGCUGAUGCCCUGGGAAACCAGAUGACCCCAAAGGCAAGGGGUUUCCUAUGGGAAUGGGUUAUCCCCAGCCUUAUAGGAUGGAGCAUGGUGCCAAGUUACGGAUCUUUGCUGUGGCUUGAAGCUGAUGGAUGCUCGGGGUCUUGGGAUCUAGAGAAGGUGAAGUUCACGGUUGGGUCUUCUCUCUCCACUGACCCCAAGCUUGUGACAGCCUUCUUUCCCUGGACCCCAGACUCCACCAUCCCUGUAUUUGCAGAACAGGACACGACCAGAGUCUGGCUGGGAAGGAGACCUCUACCCAUCCCUCUAACAUUGCCUCUCAUCUCCUGCUGCUAUGGGCUCGUGGUGGGUGACGCGUGGACUGGCCGGUCUUCUGUGCUGGGCACCACCUUCUACAAUGCUCUUUGGCAUUUUUUCACACGAAGUACAAUUUCUUAUGCCCAGGCCUAAAAUCUAUCAAAAUUCACUUCAUUUCUCUUGCUUUUAAAAAAUGAACAAUCCGAGGAUGUUGCUUAAGGGAUGAUUCUGAAAUCUGAUAUCCUCAGCCCCUGGUUAAAUUUCAGAAUUGUUCAGUUCCUCUUUUCUAGUCUGAUUUGCUUUGAACACAGCCUUGCAGAAAAGCAAAAAAGUUCCCAGCUCAGUUUUCAGAUGUGUUACAACACUAGCCCCUGCAAAUACGGUAAAGCAAAUCAUAUUUUAACCACCCAUUACUAGCUGAUCAUAAACUGUUAGUAUUUUAGGGCAUGCGGCUGUGUGAUUGAUAUCCUCAAGGCUACUUUAGUAGAUACGCGAACUCUCCUUUCUGUGCGCCGAGUCCUGAUACCCAUAUCAGAAUCAAGGCAGGGCUGUUUUUGUUUACACUUGAUCAAUAUAAGUAUAAUAUGGCACCUCCUUUUUUAUUUUUAACAAAAAAUAAGCUCUGCCGAUAGUAAGUGAUUCUGUUAAGUGGUAUAAAAAUUUGUGAAUGUUGAAAUGCAACAUGCUUCAUACUAUAACCAACCUGCAAGAAUAUUGUGGUCAGUUGUGUGAAUACCAAAUCAAUAUAUACUGUAUAUUGUACUAUGGAAAUUUGUAUUUAAAGGCAAAGAUAUUAGUAAUUGUCGGUAUAAUUGGGGGAAAGGGUAUUAGAUAUUUAUUGACUAACAAUGAGAAAUGCAACAAACUUCCUUAUUUAUGCCUUAUGAAUAAAAGGGUGUGAAAUGUAAGGCGAAGUUUUAUGCGUGAGACUCAAGGAAUGGAUAUUUUUGAAGGCAGGGAUUGUCUUUUCUGUGUUUGUUCUGUAUAGCUGUCAGCACACUCUUGGUGCUUGAUCAAUGUUAUAUAAGACCAAUAACUAAGCACAUUUUUAGAUCUUUUUUCAAAUGGCUUGUGUAAAAUUUGGUUAAUGUACAAUGGUUGGUCUGAAGCUAUUCGUGUACAAUCUGCCUCUCCAAAUAUAAUCAAAAAUAAACUGAA